AUGAGACUGCUCGGGACGCUGCUAAUUUUGGUGCCCCUGCAAGUGAAGGCGAGUUGUGACGUUCUUAGCAGAGUAAACUCGAAACUGCCGAGGGCGGCCUUCAGUACCGUUCGCACGAACAGGCACAGUAGGGCCACGUACAUCGUACAGAGUCUAGUGUCAAGGGAGAGAAAAAGGAGGUACUACUCCUUUGUAAGCAGAAGGGUGAGUGCCCACAACGUGGCGUUAGGCAGUAAGCAGCUAAGUAGCGUGGCGUUAGGCAGUAAGCAGCUAAGUAGCGUGGCGUUAGGCAGUAAGCAGCCAAGUAGCGUGUCGUUAAGCAGUAAGCAGCCAAGUAGUGCUUACCCAAGCAGCGCUGCGUUGAGAAGCAUGAAACAAAGCCACGUUGAAGCAAGCGGCCCAGCCGCCGUGGAAGAGACCCGCAUAGAGGAGCAAAUCGAAAGGUGCAGCCGCGAAAUAUCGGCCCUGGUCGAGAGGAACGAAAGCAUCCGAGGAAUAAACGAUGAGGAGCUCAAAAAAGAAUACGACGCGAAUGAGCAGUCAUUGAAAGAGAAGAAGCAGAAGUUAAAAAUUCUGCACAGUGUCCCAAGCGAAUCACUAAACUUGGUGAAUAACAGAACCAAAGUGGAUAAUUUAGCCAAAAGGAAGCUCUUUUACACCAACUCGUUUGAGAUUUAUGGAGGUUCCUCAGGUCUAAUCGAUUACGGACCCUCCGGCUGUCUCCUAAAAUCAGAACUUGAGACCCUGUGGAGGUACCAUUUUAUUUUUUACGAUGAGAUGUUAGAGAUUUGCGGAACGUGCAUAACGCCUUACACUGUGUUGAAGACCUCGGGACAUGUGGACCGGUUCACUGACCUUAUGAUCAGGGAUGCCGUCACGGGGGACUUUUACCGAGCGGAUAAGUACAUCGCGGAGUACUUAACGAGUAGGGCCGAGGAGGGGAAGAAGAAGCAGGAAAAGGAUGCGGCGAAGAAAACAGAGGGGGGUGAGGGGCCGGUGGAUAAAAGGGACCACCAACUCGGGCACGAUGACCACCUGGGGAGGGAUGACCAACCCGGGCGGGGAAGCCGAAUGGAUGGGGAUGACGCCGACGAAAUGAUGGCCGUCGUGAGGAGGCUUGACGGAAUGAACGAGCAGGAAAUAAAGGACGUCAUCAAGAAGUACGACAUAAAGUCACCUGCCAAGAACGACUUCGUGGGUCCCUUCCCCUUCAAUCUCAUGUUCCAGACCAGAAUCGGUCCAAAGGAGGACGUAGAGAAUGACACUACUCACAGGGGAAAAUCAAAAGAGUCAUCCACAUCAACAGAUACGAGCCACCUCAACAGUAUUGCAUUUCUCAGGCCAGAAACUGCACAAGGAAUUUUCGUCAAUUUUAAAAAGCUGCUAGAGUACAACGGAGGGAAAAUGCCGUUCGCAGGGGCGCAAAUCGGAUUAGGGUUUCGAAAUGAAAUAUCUCCAAGAAAUGGCCUUCUGCGUGUACGAGAGUUUGAAAUGGCCGAAAUUGAGUAUUUUGUAAAUCCGGAGAAGAAAUACCACGAAAAAUAUCACCUAUUCAAGCAUCUCAUGCUUCCCUUGUACCCACGAGAGGAACAACUCUUAAGAGGAGUAGACAACCGUGUAGUUCACAUCGAGAUAGAAGAAGCAGUCACCAAGGGAAUUAUUGCUAAUGAAGCUUUGGCUUACUUCCUAGCAAGGACCUAUCUCUUCCUACUAAAGUGCGGUAUUAACAAAGAUGGCCUACGAUUUAGACAACACUUACCAACUGAAAUGGCUCACUAUGCGAAUGACUGUUGGGAUGCAGAAAUUUUGACAUCCUAUGGAUAUAUCGAGGUGGUGGGACAUGCCGAUAGGUCUGCAUACGAUUUGAAAAACCACAUGAAAAUGACAGGGGCCAAUUUAUAUGCCUGUGAGAAGUAUGAUACCCCCGUGGAAGAGGAGCAAAUUAAAAUAUCCCCAAAUAAGGCAAAGAUAGGGAUGAAAUUUAAAAGCCAACAGAAUGCUAUUUACCAAUGGUUGAAUGAGAGGACAAAGGAGGAGCUAUUAUUUAUCGAUGAAGAAUUGAACAGAAAGAAUUCCUACGUUGUGAGUAUAAGCUCUAAUGGUUCUUCCUCCCCUGCCUUGUCUUUUGAAUUGACAAGAGAUAUGAUCAAAUUUGAUAGGUGUAAAAAGAAAGUGCAGGAAAGGAAUUUCAUCCCUAAUGUGAUUGAGCCUUCGUUUGGAAUUGGUCGACUGAUUUUUUGCAUCAUCGAGCAUUCUUUUCGAACUCGCACUUUUACAGAUGACAAGGAGGAGAGACAUUACUUGUCGCUCCCCUAUGCAUUAGCUCCUGUCAAGUGUUCCGUGCUAACCAUAUCGAACCAUAAAACGUUCGUUCCUUUUGUGAAGCAGGUUCAAAUGACUCUAAAUGAGUUUAGCAUCUCCUCCAAAAUUGAUACCUCUAGUGUCUCCAUUGGUAAGAAGUACGCUCGGACGGAUGAAAUCGGGAUCCCCUUUGCAGUCACCAUUGACUUUCAGACUUUGAAGGAUAAAACGGUGACACUUCGGGAGAGGGACUCCAUGCUGCAGAUCAGGAUUGAUCUCUCCGAGUUGGAAGGAAUUGUAACUUCUCUGCUUCGGCAGAAGAAGACCUGGGCUGAGUACGUCGCCCAGUACGGCCUCUUCACGCAGCAGAAUUUGGACCCAUAG